AUGUAUGCUAUUAUCAUUUGUGGGAACGGACUUCGUAACUGGGAAUCUGAUGAUUCACCUUGGAUUGAACAUGCUCGCUGGUACCCAGAAUGUACAUUCCUCAUCGUGAUGAAAAGAAAAGAAUUCAUUGAUCAGGUGCAACAGGAAAGGCCGCCUUUUGAGACACAUACUUCACCAACUCAUAUCAAUGAAGAUCAACUCGAUAAACUUAUUAAAGAACUAGACAGUAUUGAAGCAGUAAUUUCUAUGGGUUUUCCUAAAAAUCAUGUGAUGACAACUUUUCAUAACCAACUCAAAGAGAAAGGGAUACCUUUCUUUAACCUUGAGUCAUGUAUUGAAGCGGUCUUAUCCCAUAUGGAAAACGAAACUAGAAAAGCUCUAAAUUUGGCUUCUAACCGAGAAAUAGAAGUUGAAGUCAAAGUAAGCACUAGCUCACAACAUGUGGCACUGACCGAGGUUGAUGUUGUCCCAAGCCCAUCAAUAUUUGGUGAUAUAACUGCAAAAACGGAGUUGGCUUCUAACCAAAAAAUAGAAGAGGAAGUACAAACUCUAAGCCUACAACAUGUGGGGCUAACCGAGGUUGAUGUUGUCCCAAGCCCAAUAACUACACAAACGAAGUUGGCUUCUAACCAAGAAGAAAUAGAAGAGGAAGUACAGACUCUAAGCCCACAUCAUGUGGCGCUAACCAAGGUUGAUGUUGUCCCAAGCCCACCAACAUCUGAUGAUAUAACUACACAAACGGAGUUGGCUUCUAACCAAGAAAUAGAAGAGGAAGUACAGAAUCUAAGCCCACCACAAGCGGAAGUUGUAAUCUUAAUACAAGCAAUUGAUGAAUUAAAACCACCAAUGUCUAUAACACAAAUGGUUCCUGUCCUAAAGCCACCAGUUUCUGUUGGAUCUUCAGGUAAAAUAGGACAAACAUCAUUGGAGAGAAUUUGUGAGUGUAAGAUUUGUAUGGAUGCAGAGAUAGAAGGUGGUGGUGAAAGGGCAAGUGAAGAAGAAGUAAAAGGGGCCAGAGUAGUAGUAGAUUUAGCAGCAGGAAAAGGAGGUAGUGUCGGAGGAGGAGGAGGAGAAGAAGGAGGAGGAGGAACAGAAGGAGGAGUCACUUCAGAAGAAUUAACUCAGGAAGUCAGGAGCAGGGUAGUAGUACCUCAACAACCCUCCUCCAUUAGUCUAACAAUCAUCCAAGAGUCAAACAGAACAACAUUCAGUGCCUCAGGAACUGGGGGACUAUGA